CCGCCGUCUUUGGUGUGAAGAAUCUGGGUAUUGAUUGAUUUUGGCUUCUGGGUUAAUCGUUUUGAUGUCAAUUUCUCCGAUUCCCUGUAAUUGGUUGUGUUGAAAGAGCCUUUGCGUUUGAUUCACAAUCAAUGCCAUAUGGCUGAAGACAGCCUACGGGUUGGUAUGAUUUCAUCUGGUUUGGCUGUUUUACUGAAUGGUGAAGAUGCUAAAGAGAAUUCGUCGAAAGCUCGUAUUGUUCCACAUUUUGAUUAUUCUGGUCACCGCCCUUUAGAACGGACUAUCGAAUUCAUAUUUGGUUUAGCUGAAAAGUCCGUUGGUCCAUUGGAUGGUCAAGUAGACAGUAGCUUGAUUAGAGCCGUGAUUAAGAAUCAGUUUUCGAAGCUUCAUGGUGAAUUGGAUGUUUCAGUUAGUCAGAGAGAAGGAAUCAGUGUAGUUCAUCAUGGUGUUGGACCUCGUAUUGUCGGCCUUGAAGAGUAUAGCAUAUGUGGUGAUAUCAGGAUUGUGAAGCCACCUCUUGUAUUGGAGAGCUUAGCACUUUUCAGUAGCGCCAGGGCUAAUGCUUGUAUUUGGAAAGGAAAAUGGAUGUAUGAAGUCGCUUUAGAGACCUCGGGAAUUCAACAACUUGGAUGGGCAACACUUGCUUGUCCUUUCACUGACCAGAAAGGUGUGGGUGAUGCUGAUGAUUCAUAUGCUUUUGAUGGUCGAAGGGUAAGCAAAUGGAACAAGGAUGCUGAACCUUAUGGUCAAUCAUGGGUAGCUGGGGAUGUCAUCGGUUGCUGCAUAGAUUUGAACUGUGAUGAGAUAUACUUCUAUAGGAAUGGUGUCUCCCUCGGUGCUGCAUUUACUGGUAUUAGAAAACUUGGACCUGGAUUUGGGUAUUACCCUGCUAUAUCUCUCUCCCAAGGUGAGAGAUGCGAGUUAAAUUUCGGCGCUUACCCGUUUAAGUACCCUGUUGAAGGCUUCCAACCUCUUCAAGAAGCUCCACCUCGAUUUUCUUUUGCAACAGAGCUACUACGAUGCUUCUCAAGACUGCUGGAUAGGCCAGACCGCUCGUUGGCUGAUACAUUAAGUCGACUGAGGAGAUUUGCCUCGGUUGAAGAACUCUUUUCCCCUGUUUCCUCUGCUAUAUGUGAUGAGUUCUUUUACAUACUUGAGCAAGACCCUUUGUUGCCUGAGUACUUGGGACGGGGUGCAUUUCUGUCAUUCCUCUUGGAGAUUUUCAGAUCCCAAGCACCGCAUGAUUCGUCAAGUUUAGACAAAGUUCUUGAUGUGCUUCUUGAGUUCCCACAAUCUCAUUUGAUUUUUGAGCAUGUAGUAAACGCUCUGGCUUGUGGCUGCAAAACAGCGACACUGAUUCUAACCGAAUGUCCAUACUCUGGACCAUAUCCCUAUCUUGCGCUGGCAUGUCAUUUGUUGAAACGGGAAGAAUUGAUGGUACAAUGGUGGAGAUCUUUGCAUUUCGAGUUUUUGUUUGAAGGUUUCUUGUCAUGCAGGAGUUCCAACAAGCAUGACUUACAGCAGUUAAUGCCUGUUGUUUGGUGGCCUGGAUCCUCUGAAGAUAUAUCCUACGAGAGUAGCAUGGGAUUUACGAUCUCCGCUCUCUCUGAAGCCAUUAACAAGAUUGAGGAGAAGCAGAGGAACCUCUGUCUCUUGGUCAUACAAUUCAUACCACCUGUAUCACCUCCCCAGCUUCCUGGUUCAGCUUUCCGGGGAUUCCUACAGAACCUUUUAUUGAAGAACAGAGGCGCAGAUAGGACUCUGGCCCCUUCUGGAGUUACACGCAAUUCGGUUCUUGUCUCUCUGUUCUCAGUUAUACUCCAUUUUUUGUCAGAAGGUUUCGCAAUGCUGAAGAGUAGUGAAGCCGUCCAUCACAAUGUUGGUUUUCUUCACAGAGGUGGACAGCAGAAGUUUCCAUUGAGUUUGUUUCUUAAAAAUGAUCCACAUCGAGCUGAUAUCACUAGGCUUGGCGGGCUAUUUAGUCAUAUAUCAAAGUCCUACCCCACAGAUGAUCAAGAAGAAGAAAUUAUGCGGUGGGAAGAAGGUUGUAUGGAUGAUGAACAGAAUAGAGUAACUCAUGCGACUGAGCAGAAGCCAUGCUGUUGCUUAGCUUAUGAUACCGAUCUUACUAAAUCCUUGAAGGAUCGAGGAAAAAAUACUGCUCAAAGUUCUCAAGGUCGAUGCAGUUCUAUUCCUGAGAGAUCCUCUCAUGUUGCUGCAGAAUGUAGUGCUGGAAGUUUCAGUGAAGAAAUUGAGGACAAACCUAGCACAAGUAAUCAGUCUGACCCUGACUUUGGUUAUCGUCCAGUAAGAUUUAUGCGGACUGCACUUCAAGAGAGUAGAAUCUCAUCUGCUAUACUAAGCGAAGAAGAACUAUUGGAUGCUCUAUUGCUAUUAUACCAUAUUGCUGUUGCUCCAAAUUUUAAGCAGGCCUCAUAUUACAUGUCUCACCAAACGCAAUCAAUAUCACUUCUUGAAGAAACUGAUAAACAGAUAAGAGAGCGGGCUUCUAAUGACCAAUUAAAGCGCUUGAAGGAAGCUCGCAACAACUACAAGGAAGAUGUGAUGGAGUGUGUUAGACAUUCCGCAUGGUUCCGCAUCUCAUUGUUCUCUCAAUGGAAGCAAAGAGGAAUGUAUGCAUUGUGCAUGUGGGUUGUACAGCUACUUCUGGUUCUCAGCAAAAUAGAUUCUGUGUUUGUUUAUAUUCCAGAGUUCUACCUUGAAUCUUUGGUAGACUGUUUCCAUGUGCUUCGCAAGAGCGAUCCUCCGUUUGUCCCGUCAACAACAUUUAUCAAACAAGGACUUUCAUCAUUUAUCACUUUCGUAGUUACACACUUCAACGAUCCAAGGAUAUCGAAUACAGAUCUUAAAGAUCUACUUCUCCAGUCAAUAUCCGUCCUGGUACAGUACAAAGAGUACUUGGAAGCUUUCGAGAACAAUGAGGCAGCUACUAGACACAUGCCUGCAGCACUACUGGCAACGUUUGACAACAGAUCUUGGAUCCCUGUCACAAAUAUAUUUCUUCGUCUUUGCAAAGGUUCAGGCUUUAGUUCUUUAAAGAACGGGGAGUCUUCGGUUUCAUCUACUGUUUUUCAGGCGCUUCUACGAGAUGCUUGUAUCAAUGAUGGUGAAUUACUCUCUACUUUUCUUAACCGGCUAUUCAACACACUGAGCUGGACCAUUACUGAAUUUUCUGUCUCGGUGCGGGAAAUGCAAGAAAAGUAUCAGGUAAUGGAGUUUCAGCAAAGGAAAUGUUGUGUGAUAUUUGAGCUUUCAAGCAAUCUCGCAAGAGUCUUAGAGUUCUGCACUUUCGCAAUACCACAAGCAUUUCUUGCUGGGACUGACACAAAUCUUCGUAGGCUCACUGAGUUGAUUCUUUUUAUCUUGAAUCACAUGACCUCAGCAGUAGAUGACGAGUUCUUUGAUCUGUCACUUAGACGGCAAGGACAACCUUCAGAGAAAAUUAGCCGAGGGAUCUUAUUAGCUCCUUUGGUUGGUAUAAUCUUGAAUCUUUUGGAGGCUAGUGACGAUUCAAAACCGAACAAACAACAUGAUGUAAUUUGUCUUUUUGCAAGCAUGGACUGUCCCGAUACAGUCUAUUACGGGUUUCAAUAUCUCUUGGAAUAUAAUUGGGACGGUUGUGUAAGCGGGGAUGAUGCGUAUGUAAAGAAACUUGGACAACUUGAGAACUUCUUGAACAAUCUCAUAAACCGGGCUUCAUCGCAAGAACCCGAAAGAAAAGAAGAGCUGUUCAACAAAGACACGACGGAUAUAGAAGACAACACUUGCUGUAUCUGCUACGCGGGGGAGGCUAAUGCAAUGAUUGCUCCGUGUUCACAUCGAUCAUGUUAUGGCUGCAUAACUAGACAUCUUCUCAAUUGUCAGAGAUGUUUUUUCUGCAAUGCUACGGUGAUAGACGUUAUAAGAGACAAAGAAGUAGAAGACGAUGAUGAUCACAAAAGAAACACCUGAAGCUCGGGUUAGUUGCGGUUGUUGAUGUAGUAGACACAGAAGGAAUGAUCUUUAGGGUGGGGAGCAAAGGAAGAAGGAUUAUAGAUUUUUAGAGGAUAAAUAAGAAACAAAUGAAAAACAAAGGUCUGUGAUAAUUUUGUAGGACCUGGUCUUGUGGUUCUAGGCCUCUCCUUUUUUCUUGUAUAUAUGAUGAGAAUGAAAUGGAAAUGAUUUA